UAUAUUAAAUAAUAAAUGUGAUAACAUACAAAUAUUAUGGGUUGAUUAAGUGUUCUGAAUGACCGAAUGUGCUAAUCUGUUUUGUGUGACAGCGGCUGAGGACAUUUCUGAUGAAUUAUCUGUUGGAGAGCGUCUGGAGAGAGCUAACAGAGACAUUGUUCGUGAUGUUAAUGAGCCAAAAGUUAUAGAAGAUAUUGCUGUGGAUGAUGAAAACAAUGAGAGGAAUGCUGAUCCCUGCACCUCGAGUAGCUGUAUGUGGCCAAAAUCCAGUGAUGGAAAAGUCUAUGUGCCCUAUGUCAUUGCCAACCACUUCACUUCCCGUGAGCUGCAGGUCAUCCAGCGAGGUCUGGAUUCCUUCUCUUCUGUUACAUGCAUUCGCUUUAUUCCACGAUCUAACCAGAGGGAUUACCUCAGCAUUGAGUCUCUCAGUGGAUGCUAUUCCUAUGUUGGACGUCGUGGUUAUGCCCAGACUGUGUCUCUCGACCGAAAUGGUUGUAUUUAUCAUAACACAGUUCAGCAUGAGCUUCUCCAUGCUCUGGGCUUCAACCAUGAACAGUGUCGCAGUGACCGCGACAAUCACAUCCGUGUUGUGUGGGAGAAUAUCAUUGACAGCUAUAAGUAUGCCUUCGACAAGAUCGCCACUCUGAACCAGGGAACUCCUUAUGACUACAACUCCGUCAUGCAGUACCACAGAACUGCUUUCUCUAAGAAUGGCCUAGCCACCAUGGUCCCCAUCCCCAACAGCAAUGUAGCCUUUGGCCAAGCCACUCAAAUGAGCCAAAAUGACAUCAUCCGAGUCAAUAAUCUCUACAGAUGCUAAGAACUCCAUUCCACCACAAGUCCAUCACCAGAGAGAAAAAAGACAGCAGUGGGAUCUGUGCCUAUGCCCAGUAUAAAGAAUGAGAUCUCAUCCUGACACUGUUUUACUCUUUUGUUUCUGUAAUUAGCAGAAUAUAAAAACACACAAUAUUUAUACAGCACAGGCAUCUCCAGAAUUAUUGGCAACCUUGUUAAAGAUGGGUGAUGGUUAAUUACCUUACCUGAAAAUGUAAUCUUUAACUGAAGUAAAUUAAAUUUAAAAAAAAUAAAAAUGUCAUGUUCUCAGAAAAUAAAAAAAACAUAUCCCACAA